AGCUUAGCGGUAGCGUAACGCGCGCUAGAGACGCAGUUGCACUGCAUACUUCCCCGAGACUGCCUCCUAAAGGACUGAAGACUUGACGCGCUCGGAAACAUUUAGACGCUUGUGUGCCUCAUAUUGUCGCUUUUCACUUGUUGUCUAAGCGUUCCUUAUACGAAUUAACGACCUACUUUCGUGAUGGCGUUGGCGGCGUCGCUGAUUGCGGGGCGGGCAGUCUUUGGCCGCGUCGCUUCCUCUCUAUGCGCAUCCCUUCAGGCCCAGGCUCAGCUCGCCAGCCGGAAAUGCGCUAGCGAGCAAAAUGCCGUGCACAUCUUUCAGCGGACGUUUUGCUACGAUAUCAACACUCGCUCAAAGCCCCACCUGAACAUCGGCACUAUCGGGCACGUCGACCACGGCAAGACCACGCUGACUGCCGCUAUCACUAAGGUUCUGGCCGAGACGAACGGCUCCACCAAGGCUAUCGCCUACGACCAGAUUGAUAAGGCUCCUGAGGAGAAGGCUCGCGGUAUCACAAUCAAUGCCACCCACGUUGAGUACCAGACGGAGAACCGCCACUACGCGCACGUGGACUGCCCAGGCCACGCCGAUUAUGUGAAGAAUAUGAUUACCGGCGCUGCGCAGAUGGACGGCGCCAUCCUGGUGGUGUCCGCUGCGGACGGCCCCAUGCCUCAGACCCGCGAGCAUAUCCUGCUGGCCAAGCAGGUGGGCGUGCCCCGCAUUGUGGUGUUCCUGAACAAGUGCGACGUGGUGGAGGACGAGGAGCUGCAGGAGCUGGUGGAGAUGGAGGUGCGGGAGCUCCUCAGCUUCUACAAGUUCCCCGGCGACGACAUCCCCAUUGUGCGCGGCUCUGCCCUCUGCGCUCUGAAGGGCGAGAAGUCGGACACCGUGGGCAGGAGCUCCAUCCUAAAGCUCAUGCGGGCGGUGGACGAGUACGUGGCGGUGCCUGAGCGCGCCACCGACAAGCCCUUCCAGAUGCCCAUUGAGGAUGUCUUCUCCAUUGCCGGCCGCGGUACCGUCGUGACCGGCCGCAUUGAGCAGGGUGUGGUGAAGCCCGGUGAGGAAGUGGAGAUCAUUGGCCUGAGGGACACCAUCAAGAGCACCGUCACCGGUGUUGAGAUGUUCAAGAAGAGCCUAAACCAGGGCCAAGCGGGUGACAACGUGGGUCUGCUGAUCCGCGGCAUUAAGCGUGAGGACGUGUCGCGAGGACAAGUGGUGUGCAAGGCGGGCAGCCUGAAGACCUACAAGCACUUUGAUGCGGAGAUCUACGCGCUGACGAAGGAGGAGGGCGGCCGCCACACACCCUUCACCAGCAAGUACAAGCCGCAGUUCUUCAUCCGCACUGCCGAUAUCUCGGGCCAAAUCAACCUGCCCGAGGGCACCGCCAUGGUGAUGCCCGGCGACAACUUCACCGCUAAGAUCGAGCUGUCGGCGCCCGUGGCCCUGGAGGAGGGUCUGCGCUUUGCCAUCCGUGACUCGGGACGGACGGUGGGCGCCGGCGUCGUCACCAAGCUGGUUGCAUGAGGAGGCGUGCCCAAUCAGCUCGGGUUGAAUUAAGAUUAGCGGCUGGAAUGCAUGGACGAGGCUAGGGUUGCUACUACCCUGCGCGGUCCGCUGUGUACGAUGCUCGUUUCCGCUUGGGGUACCAACACGGUGGCGUGGGUUGUGUAAUCAGAUACGGGGUGGGUUGGCUGCUUGCACGAAGGAAAUCAAGGAAUAUGCCUUAGGUAUGAAACAAAGGACUGCGACAAAGAGGACCUCACGUAGGCACCUGUUUGUUGCAGCCUCGGUGUUCCCAC